AUGGCUCAAAGUGCAAGCUCAUCUUCGAUUGUGUACAAGAAUGAAUAUGGGAUCUUGUGUAAGUGCAACGGGUUAGCAAGGAUUGAACAAGCCUGGACUGAAGACAAUCCUGGACGCCGGUUCUAUACUUGUAAAAGUCGCAUCAGAAAAGAAGCUUGUGGUUUUUUUCGUUGGUACGACGUUGAGAAGCCGCAUGGAUGGCAACAUCUGGCUUUGUGUGAGGCAAGGGAUACCAUGAAAGGGCAGAAAGAGGAGAUUAAGUACUUAAGAGAUGUUGUUAAGGCACUUUCUCAUGAGAAAGAAAGUGAUCAUCCGAGCUCAACUGAUGAGGACCUGAAGCUAAGCCGUGAAGAAUGUGAGUCUCUAAGGCGUGAAGUGGAGAUACUGAACGAGAGGAGCAGGGUGUAUCGGAAUGUCCUGAUAACUUCAACUGUCGGGUUUGUUGUGGUUCUUGGAGUGAUUGUGUCGAUGGGGAAGUAG